UCAGAGUGUGCUGGAAGCCUGGGGCUGUUCUUUAGUGAGCCUCGCUCCAGUCGUUUAGUCACACAGGGAAACCAGAGCAGAGACGGAGGAGGAAGAGCAGAGCAGUCACACAAGAGGAGGUCUGACGACACUAUCCGUAUGCACUGACCCUUGUAUUUAACACAUGUAGACAUACAUGCACACGCGCAUGCUACAUUGAUACAGUGUAAACAAGGACCAUCUAUAUAAACACACAAGGUGUCACGGUGCAACACGUGUAUGCGGCGAGCCCUGGACGACUGGACUCCUGGCUGACUUCUGACCGGACACGUAGCGCUCCAGCAGCCCAUUACACGAGCGUGUGUGUAAGUGUGUGUGAGCACACCGGAGAUGCCCUCCAGACCUUCUCACAGUAGGAGGUCCAGCACGGGGAUGGAUGACACAUGUUCGACAUCGACUGGGAUCCUUACAGCAUUCUGAUCCACUAAAGGAAAUACUGGCCCAAGACUGACCGCUAAACAGAAGAAAAGUCAUCCAGAAGCCAACGAUAAAAGGACUUUACUUUUCAACCUUUCCCCCAGGCUGGAAUGAUGUUGUGGAACCAGUUUGCCUACCACUUGCUUUCGUUGGCAGCCCUACUGGUGGCAGUGGGCUGCAGCGGGGGGGAGCAUAGAAAAGGGACAGAUGGCAGUGCCAGCAGCGCAGGACAGGGUAGCACAGGUGGCAGCACGAGUAGCAGCAGUAGUAGUAGUAGUAGUGAAAGUAGUAGCAGCAGUAAUCGGAGGUACCACAGAGUCCAGCAUGGACAGUGCACCUACACCUUUAUCCUACCUGAGGGUGACGGCAGCGGAGGGAAUUCGUGCCGACAAGGGAAAGCCGCGACGCAGUUUAACAGCGCCAAUGCGCUGCAGAGAGACGCUCCACCACUGGAAGAGGACUUCGCUUCCCAGAAGAUCCAACACCUGGAGCACGUCAUGGAGAACUACACUCAGUGGCUGCAGAAGAUUGAAAACGACAUAAAGGAGAGCAUGAAGACAGAGAUGGCCCAGCUGCAACAGAGUGCCGUUCACAACCACACGGCCGCCAUGUUGGAGAUGGGCACCAACCUCUUGUCCCAGACGGCCGAGCAGACCCGCAAGCUAACGGAUGUAGAGACGCAGGUGCUGAACCAAACCUCCAGACUGGAGAUUCAGCUGCUGGAGAACUCCCUGUCCACCAACAAGCUGGAGAAGCAGCUCAUGGUGCAGACCAACGAGAUCAGAAAGCUCCACGACAAGAACGGGUUCAUGGAGCAGAAGAUGCAGGAGAUGGAGUCUCGUCACCGGGAGGAGCUGGGGACGCUGCGGGAGGAGAAGGGAAGCCUGCAGGCUCUGGUGGGGAAACAGAGCGGGGUGAUCCGUGAGCUGGAGACCCAGCUGACCAGGGCCACGGGCAACAGCACCGCCAUGCAGAGGCAGCAGCAGGAAAUGAUGGACACAGUGCAUAACCUCAUCAGCCUCUGCAACAAGGACGGAGUAGUCCCAAACAGCACGAAGCGGGUGGACGAAGAGAAGAAGUUUCGGGACUGUGCCGAUCUGUACCAGGCUGGUUUCUACAAGAAUGGGGUCUACACCAUACAUAUUAAUGCCCAGGAGACCAAAAAGGUACAUUGUAACAUGGAGACCGCUGGCGGCGGAUGGACGAUCAUCCAGAGCAGAGAGGAUGGCAGCGUGGACUUCCAGAAAACGUGGAAGGAGUACAAGACGGGCUUUGGGACGGUUUCUGCAGAGCACUGGCUGGGGAAUGAGUUUGUAUACCUGCUGACCAGCCAGAGGCAGUAUGCCCUCCGUGUGGAGCUCACCGACUGGGAUGGACACCAGGCCUUCUCCCUGUACGACCGUUUUCACAUCGAUAGUGAGAAACGCAACUACAGACUGUUCCUGAAGAGUCACAGUGGGACAGCGGGCAGGCAGAGCAGUCUGGUGAUCCACGGGGCAGACUUCAGCACCAAAGACAUGGACAACGACAACUGCAUCUGCAAGUGUGCCCUCAUGCUCACAGGGGGUUGGUGGUUCGAUGCCUGCGGCCCGUCCAACCUCAACGGAAUGUACUUCACCAAAGGGCAACACGUCGGGAAGCUAAAUGGCAUCAAGUGGCACUACUUUAAGGGUCCCAGCUACUCGCUACGAGCAACAACCAUGAUGAUUCGUCCGCUGGACUUCUCAUAGACAUCGAGUGCGUCCAGAAUGGCACCCUAUUCCCUAUAUUGUGCAAUACGUUUAAAUUAGUGCACUAUAUAGGGAAUAGGAUGGCAUUUCAGAUGCAACGUUAGAGUUUCUCCCCACACUCUCUGUAAGGCCAAUGGGACAACUAUAUUAGGAGGAAUGCUUCCUGCUUUACCCUGUUACUAUCGUCUCACCAUAACAACUUUGGAGUUUGUCCGGAGGGGAACUCUACACCACCUGGCUGUUGCUUGGUAACGUUACUCCAGGAGUCAGCCUGGAAGUGUGGUUGGAGAGAAGAGGGCUUGUGGAUUGAGAGAGGAUCUCGUCUUAUCAUAGAGCUAAACUGUGAGUGAUGAACUCCUUGCGAAGUUGGAGGACAAACUGCUUCGCUCUUUUUUUAUAUUUGACGCAUGAACUCAAGUAGAGUUCAGCUCUCACCCCAGGCCUGUGGACUCUCACCCCAGGCCUGUGGACUCUCACCCCAGGCCUGUGGACUAUUGGGGUAGACUUCUCUCCUUUUUGGGAACUGACUGCAACAUUGCAGCUUUGUCUGUAUAUGUAGACUAUAUGAGAGACUACGCAACUACCCAUAGACUACAUGACAGACUGCAUAGACGCCUUCAGACUACACGACUCCCUAUGCGCAUCUGGAAUGUUCUCACAACCAAAUGGGAGAUAUAGGCAUUUUUAUAGAGGUGUUGCACCAAGACAUUGGGACAUUGAACAAUGUUUUGUAUUUCAUGCUUUUUUAUUCCUAUAUAGCCUAAUACAUUUGCAAUGACAUUAUGUUUUUUUUUACAUAAGUCACUCUGGAUCGUUUCUGGAGAGGAAAAGUCACAAGGUCACAAGGUCACCGUCAGUAUAAAAUGUUGGUCUUAUAUGUACUGCGGACUCCAAAGUCAGUUCUGAGAACCAGCCUGGCUCAGUCAAUGGUUUUGCUGCCACUUAUAUAGUUGUUGUCCUGCCAGAGUGCGCUGAUUAUUUUCAAAGUUCAAAAUGCCACGUUAUUAUUGGAUUUGGCAACUGACAGAGAUUUAUCUGCAUUUGGUAUUGGCUGACAAACAAUGGCUGCCAAGGCAAAAAAUGUGGUGAUCUUCUUUCCUCAUUUAAAUAUGAAAAAUAAUAUACUGUAAUGAAUACAGAUGCAUAUAUAUAUAUAUAUAUAUAUAUAUAUAUAUAUAUAUAUAUAUAUAUAUAUAUAUAUAUAUAUAUAUAUAUAUAUAUAAUAUUAAAGCAUUGCCAUACCGUAACUAGUAAAACUGUGUAUAAGAAGGACAACAUUAUGUGUUACACCAAACCAAUUGAAGGUAGUGCACAUUAUGCACUAUUUAUCUCUAGAUGUUGUAUGAAUAUGGUAAGUUUUGCUGUCAUCUACCCCCCUAAAGCGUAAAGAAAUUGAUGGUGUUAUUAUACAUUUUCUGAGCGUUUUGGAACACUUUGAACAUCAGAUUGUAAUUUUUCAUUUGAAAACACUGUACAGUAUAUAGUAUUUGGGUACAGCAAAGUGUAGAUGAUUUGACCCAUUCAGACCACAUAAAUAAAAUAAUAAUACCUAGCCAUUGUGUACGCUUGGAUCAUAGCUUCAUAAAUGUUCCUUUCAAAUGGUACUCCUCAGUUUGCUUUGCUUUCGCGAAUCGUUUUUUAAAAAAGGGGAAGAGGUUAUGUUAUGAAUAAUCACCUUUUUAUGACCGGAGGUGGCUACAGGGCCUUGACAGAAAUGUGGUCUGUCCAUAUUUUGAAACUCUAACCACUGACCAAAAGAUAAGUCCCAUUUCAUUGGAAACACCCCACAACGUCCUUCGAAUGUGUCUUUGCUUAGACAUACAACCGCACUGAACCCCAGAUCCAGACAGGUUUUUUUCUCUCAUCAUUGCAGCUUAGAAACGGUUGUUUUAAUAACGUUUGGCUGAGGCAUAAAAUGGAGGAUUCCUUUAAGUGUACUGUGUGUACUUGUAUUGCAUUACUACCAGCAUGAAACAACAAGAAAGAAUGCACGGUUUAAUAUGCAAUGUUACUAAAAGGUGGGCUACAUGUUGAGGAAAGACACAUGGAACUUGUAAAACUAUGAAAUGACAUGUUUAUUAACAUACUAAAAUUGUAUAAUUUAAGUGUAUAUGUAAAAUAACUUUCCUGAGGAAAGCCACUCCAUUUUGUUUUUAGUCCUCCAGAACCACAGUGGUGUUUUGAAGUUGAGCAUAAACCAUAGAAGUAAUAAUAAUAAGAGUUGAGAAACGUGCCUUAAAUGACUCUGCUUUUACCUCAUUAAACUGUAGAUUUGAUAUUUUAAUUCAACUACAUUUUUUUUGUAACAAGUGGUCGAAAUGUCAAGUUGUUAAACUAAAUAAAAAGCAUGUGAUGCACUAAUGUUUUCAA